GCACUAAAACUUGACGGUUCUUUAUAAAGGGGACUGCUUUUCUAAGAUGUUUGACUGCGCAGUCAUUUACGCACGACAAUUUUACAAUAGCCUUGAGCCAUAAUUUUAAAACUCUCUCCAGCAUCCAGCCCCUCCAUGGUCACUCUUCACUGGCGAUGCACGACCGUUUCUCUCCCCAACCGUGGAUUUCCUAUUACUCUUGUUACGACUCACUGAAUCCCAGGCCCAAGGAUAAUGAUGUGUUGUUUCUUGGUAGCAUAAUUUGUCACACGUACAUUUUUUUGCGAAAGCUGCUCUCAGACUUCUUGCUGUUGCUAAUUCUGGAGACAGUAUAUCAAAUGAUGAACGACAAAAAAAACCUCGCAAGCGUAACUGCUGAAGUUGCAACGCGUGGAGCUUGAUCGGAUACGGAUUUUACUGGGGGAUCGAAGCAAAGAAAAAAGGAGAAAAAAUAAUAUAAAAGUGAGGAUCUGAUCGAAGUGGACGCUAGUUUGCAGCCCAGUGUAUACAGGAGGUGUCCAAAGUUAGAUACCAUGUCAAGAUCUGGUGACAGAACGUCCACCUUCGACCCUUCUCACAGUGAUAACCUCCUUCACGGCCUCAACCUACUGUGGAGGAAGCAGCUUUUCUGUGAUGUGACUCUGACAGCACAGAGCCAGCAUUUCCCAGCCACAAAGGCAGUGCUGGCUUCCUGUUCCCAGUAUUUCCGAUCGCUUUCUCCCAAUAGCCAGUGCAAAGAGAGCACGAACGAAUCGGGGAGCCGGACCCCUUCUUCCCCGGCCGAGGACAUCAGCAGGUCCAUCAAUAACAUCGUCCUGCAGGGCUGCUCGGACGGGGUCUGCCUGGUCCUGGAGUACAUCUACACGGCCAACAUGACACUGUCCCUGGAUACGGUGGAGGACGUGCUCUCGGUCAGCAAGAUCCUGCACAUCCCCCCUGUCACCAAACUCUGCGUCCAGUUCCUCAAUGACCAGAUAUCUAUGCAAAACUACAAGCAGAUCUGUCAGAUCGCUGCCAUCCACGGGCUGGACGAGACCAAGAAGCUGGCCAACAAGUACUUCGUGGAGGACAUCCUGCUGCUGAAUUUCGAGGAGGUUUGCGCCAUGAUGGACUCGAUGCCGCCACCUGUGGAGUCGGAGGCUCGGCUCUCUUCCAGAUGGUCCGUGCUCUGGCUCGAACACGACCGGGAGACUCGCAUGCAGUACGCCCCGGACCUCAUGAAGCGCCUCCGCUUCGCCCUCAUCCCCGCCACCGAGCUGGUCGAGAGAGUGCAGUCGGUCGAUUUCAUGCGGAGCGACCCGGUCUGCCAGAAACUCCUGCUGGACGCUAUGAACUACCACCUCAUGCCCUUCAGACAACACUGCCGGCAGAGCGUGGCCAGCAGGAUUCGCUCCAGUAAGAAACUCUUGUUAUUGGUUGGUGGAUUGCCUCCUGGUCCAGAUCGACUUCCAAGCAACUUAGUUCAGUAUUAUGAUGAAGAAAAGAAGACAUGGAAAAUCCUUACAAUAAUGCCUUACAACAGUGCCCAUCACUGCGUUGUGGAAGUAGAAAACUUCCUGUUCGUACUAGGAGGAGAAGACCAAUGGAACCCAAAUGGGAAACAUAGUACUAAUUUUGUCAGCCGGUAUGAUCCUAGGUUUAACAGCUGGAUACAACUUCCCCCUAUGCAAGAAAGGCGAGCCAGUUUCUAUGCCUGCCUUCUGGAUAAACAUUUGUAUGUGAUUGGUGGAAGGAAUGAAACUGGUUAUUUGUCAAGUGUUGAAUGUUACAAUCUGGAAACCAAUGAAUGGUGCUACCUGUCCUCCUUGCCACAGCCUCUGGCAGCUCACGCUGGUGCCGUGCACAAUGGGAAGAUUUACAUAUCAGGAGGCGUUCACAAUGGUGAAUAUGUGUCGUGGCUGUACUGCUAUGACCCAAUCAUGGAUGUGUGGGCCAGAAAACAAGACAUGAACACAAAACGGGCCAUUCAUGUUCUGGCAGUGGUGAAUGAUCGUCUGUACGCUAUUGGGGGAAACCAUUUAAAAGGUUUCUCACAUCUUGAUGUUAUGCUCGUUGAAUGUUAUGACCCUAAAGGUGACCAAUGGAACAUUCUCCAAACUCCUAUCUUGGAGGGUCGCAGUGGUCCAGGAUGCGCAGUACUAGACGACAAUAUUUAUCUUGUUGGUGGAUACAGCUGGAGCAUGGGGGCCUACAAAUCAUCUACAAUUUGCUACAGCCCUGAACAAGCUACUUGGACAGAAUUGGAAGGGGAAGUUGCUGAGCCACUAGCUGGCCCAGCAUGUGUAACUGUUACAUUGCCAGCCUGUGUGCCGUACAAUAAAUAAAACAUUUUGUCAGUUCACAACAUUAAUAUAAACACUGAGACAAUUUAUUUAAAUAAUAUCAAGUGCAAAGUACUGAAUUCUUACUCCCAAACACAUUUAAUGUUUGAAAUGUGCUUUUUUACUAUGGUAAUUUAUGACUAUGAAAAUAAUGUUAUGUAAAUCUUUGUAUCUUUCAGAAGAAAGGCAUGACCAAGUAAAAUAACUGAUGUAGUAGAAUAUAACAAAAUGUAAAUUUUGUACAGGAUAAGAAAGUGUAAAUGAAGCUUGUCUGUUGAAAACAUACUUAAAUAAAAACUUUAAAAAGCUAA